AUGGCGGUUACAUCCUUCCCGGCCGAUUCUCUUGCUUCAAUGGAAUCGGUGAAGCAGACGGUGCGCUCGACGUCAACAUGCUCAGCUGCCACCGUGUUGUCACUCCAAACACUCUUCCGAAGUGCAGGGGAGAUGGAAACAACGUUGAGGAGGACCGCACGAGGCACGAAAGCCACGGCUACGAAUGCGACGGCGUCAUCGCGGGCGAAGACUACGCGGACGAAAUCGACAAGCACGAGCACCACAAGAACGAAAACGCCAGCCCAGGAUGUUAGCACCUUUACAAGUACGAGUGCGAGCCUUGCGGACACACGGCUUUCAAAUCAAGAAAAAUUAGUUCUUGCUACAGAAGUGUUCAAUUCCACGCUGAAGACGCUUUCAGAUGCGGUGAAGACGGUUAUGUCCAUCUCGAAAGAAAAGAAGGAUGCGAGUCCCACGAAACGCGGCACUACCACGAAAGGUCGGGUGAAAACGAGCCAACCCGACUUAACGGAUAAUGAGAACGGUGUGUCGGCGGUAGCAGAGUGUGCACGGUUAUCCCUCUCAUGUCUCAGGAUGUUGAGAACGGAUGCUAUGGUGGACGGAGGAUUGCCAAAUCUGCAGCUUGAGCAGGGCGCUUGUGUGCUGGCAGGCAGGUUGCUGGCUCUCGGGCUGAAUGAUGCGGCGUAUAAAGAGUUGAGAGGACUUAAGAGGAGGAUUCAGAGUUAUCUCGAAGAACUCCCGUCAGGGAGGAAGAGGACGGGAAGGAAGGAUGCUGAGGACGGGGAGGAGACAGCGAAGGAGCGGAUGUCGGACCUUUUAUCGUUCUCGGAUAUUGCGAAUGCUCGGUCGAUACACGGUCUACUGGUUUCGUUCCAAUCGAAUGCCUUGCGUCUUAUCGCUGCAGAGAAGCGACCGGCUACGGUGCAGAAGCUCGUGCCUUCGUUGCAGCUGACGGACGAGAGCAGUCCAGCGAAUGUGAUAAUGGCAUCAAUUGACUCGGGGGCGCUCACCAAGGAUAAAGCCGCGGUUCAGCUUCAACUGUUAUCGAGUACCGUUUUGUCUCUAUCCGCAUCUGGUGCCAGCACUGGCAAGGAGCGGUUAAGGCCAAGUAUAGUACUCAGUCUACAGCUUCUAGCCUUAGAGAUUCGAUGCAUGUCCUGGAAGCUCUCAGGGCAUGCCUGCGAGGAUAACAAGGAGAUGUGGGACCCACUGGCCAGAUAUAUCGGAGCUUUUGCGCAGGCGACUAAAAGUAUCGAGAAAGCCGAAUUCGCAGUGAUCUACAAGAACAUUGUCCGGCUACAGUCUGCUUUUUCAAAGACGCAGAACUGUGCAACGCGAUCUACGGAUAAUUUAUCAGUGGCCCGAAUUGCUACUAUUCUGGGACAACUCGCUCAAGACGCCGGGUGUUUUGAUGAAGCCUUACAGCUCUUUACGGAAUCUCUCAACCCACUCUCGAGUAGCCAAUGCCUGGGGAUGGCUACUGUUCGGUGCAAGAUUGCGGCACUCCAUUUCCAAGCCUUUAAAUCAUCCGUGAAACUACCGGGCGAUGUCUCAGAUGCCGUUUCUCAAGCGACAGCCGCCCUCAGUAUAUCGCUAAAGGGCAGUUCUCACGAUCUGGAUGAAUUGCUGGUUCAGGCGGCUAAGCUGAAGAAGCUCGCCAUGGGCUGGUUUGGAGAUCUAAUAUCUAAGGGCCAGGGUUCACAAUGCGAGAACGUCGUCUUUCCGCGCAUAUGCGAAUUCCUCAGCAGCUUUGUCCGCUUCUUGCGUCGGUAUAUUGGGCGGCGACCUGAAAAUGACGAAUUGAACGACCGAGAGAUAUUCCAGAAACGAAUCGAUGCGGCGCAAAAUAUUGUACUUGCGGCAGUAGACUCAACCAUAGCGAUCGGCAAGUUAUCAGUCAUGUCACAACGCCCGGCAUGGGAAGAGACAGUUUCUACUCUGCUCGAUUGCCAGCGCCUCCUCGCGACAAUUGAGCCUUUUGACGAGGUCGACGUAGCUACCGCCGAUUCUAUUGACCAGGCCUUAGCUGGCAAAAAUGCUCGCGAACUUCUGCCACUGCUCAAGCAAUCUGCCUACUUGCUCUCUGGAUGCUCCCCUUCUCAGCGGGCGACUGGUUUCGCUCCACUUAAGUAUGAGCGGCUUGCGCAUACGUAUAUUGAGGGCAACAUGGUCUCUGAGGCCGAGGUUGCCUUUCGUCAAUCCAUCACUGACCAUAUUGCUGCCGGGGCCCUGGACAAAAUUGCCUCAAGCACGGACGGAUGCUUUCCUCACCAGAUGAACCAAGAUCCGAAGAGAAGCGGAUUCACGCUUGGGCGCGUGCUUUCUGCUUAUUUGAAGGUGAAAUUACGGAACAAGAGGUCCGCGGUGAAUGAGAUCUUUGAUGAUGAGACGCUGCCAUCUGUGCAGCGCGGCCAUGUCCUGGAGUGGCAGCUUGGUAUCCUAACUGAGAUACACGGCACUUCAAACAAUGAUAACGUCUUCCGAUCAGUUUUCGCAGAGGUUGCGACUAGGCUUUUUAAAGUGUAUCCAGCCGAGCAGCAUCCUGUUCGACGACUACGUGUUCUGCUUUCUGGAUUACGGUUUGCUCUGGAACAACCGGGAUUCUUGGAUUCGUCCUUGCUGCAGCGAUUUGCGGAUGAGGGAAGGAAAGGACUGGACGAUGAUGACUACCAGGAUGACGACGAUAUCAAGUCGUUGGCUGUCUACCUGAAGAACUCCGUUCGUCUCACACUCGGCCUUCAACAGGGUAGCCUAGGACCAGAAGAACUGGAGUUGAUCGUCUCAACGUGGACCUCAAUCUUACGGUUCUGUCAUGAUCUGAAGUCACUUGUGGCGUGCGUCGGCAAUGUGGAAUACUUCCUUCUUCAAAUGAAAGCUGUUGUCGACUAUACGGAAAUCCAUGGUCUAUGGAAGUUCCAGUUAUCUACUCUCGAAUUGGUCUUGCGUGUUACUGAGCUGCACGGAGCUGGCACAUUCUCUGAAGCUAUAAUAGUUCUGUCCCGGCUAGUUCUUCAGUAUUGCCGAAUGGGAUUCUGUAUCAAGGCGCAUUCCCUGUUGAGUCGGGCGGACGGCUAUAUCGCGAACCAUGAAGUGUCUUGUCUGGCGCGGUUAUCGUACGAACUUGCCCGCGUUGGAUUCCUUCUUGAGACGGGCGACAACCAGAAAGCGGCGACUGUUCUUUCGACAGCGAGGAUGAUAUAUGAGAAGCAUCAGGCAACAGAGGAUUUGGAUGCCUGCUCGGUGUUGACGAAGAUUUCAUGGGAGCGACUAGUUGCUGAUGCAGCGUUCAUGAGCUCGCGCCUGUCAUUUGCUCAAGGCUCAAUCAAAGAUGCUUUGUACUUCGCUAAGCUGUCAGUCAGGUUGAACUGCAGAAUCUGGGCCAAGGUCGAGAAGCUUGCUCAGAAGAAACAAGAGAAGGCCGUUGUCGGGGACAGUUCGGAACUCGAGAUUGUUGUCGAGGGAAUGGCGAAGCUUGAGGUUUCGCAAACAUCUUCCACUUAUUCCCAAGGUGCCCCGUUCUGGCCCCAUAUUGGAUCACAUCACAGCUCGUUACUACAUCUCGCGAACUUAUCUGCACACCAUGGCUUAUUCCAGGAUGCCAUAUACUAUGGGGAGCAAGCGUUGAAGAUUAACAAGUCACUGAAUGCUAACGUGCGCUUAAUUGCUUCACAAGCGCAUCUUGGCUCUCACUGGAUCCUUGGCGGACAUAUCUCUGAGGGUCAGCAACUCCUUGCCUCUGCCAAGGCACUAUCCGAUAAACUAGGGAGCAGCAUUGAGCUUGUUUCAUUACGACUGAGCCUGGCUGCUCUUCAUAGGGUGGAGGGAGAUUACCGCAACGAAUAUCGCACCCUUCGGGAGGCCGAGAAACUCCUGGGUGGGUUGUUUGAGAGCCAGGCGGAUUCAGCAGACAUUCCUGACUUAGAGGAGAAGAUGGACAAAUUACGAGUUCGACCGAAGAGUAGAUCAACCAGGCAACCCGCAACAACUGCAACCAGAAGAACCCGCAGUGCAACGACAUCCGCCCGAAGCACACCUAAACCGCCACAGAGCGUCGAAGCCACGAAUGCUUCAAAUACGCUACUUCAGAUGAAGAGCGAGAUUCUUCUGCAACAGGCUGCGUCUUUACGUGCACAACGGGAGUUUGAAGCAGCCUCGACCUUGCUGAGCGACGCUAGAAAGUUUGCUGUGACGAGAAAUAGCAGAAUAUCGGUGCAUCUUGGAGAAAGUGAGCACCUGCUCGCGGAUGCCAUUCGAAACUUUGCCAACCAUGCGGUAUACUGCGUUCUUCCGGAGUCAACCAUCUCAUUGCCGUCUUUGGAACCUAAGGCCGCAUCGGAGAGCUCCAGCAAAUCCGCGACACGCAAAACGAGGGCACCUACCCGGGGAACGCGUACCAAGGCUCAAGCGGCAACAGAAGACUUUUCUGUCAUGCUAUCUAAGGCCGGUGACUGUCUGAACGGCAUCUUCGACACUGCUACCCAGCUAGGGUCUACUCUGGAUAGCCACUCUGCCUCACGACUCAUGAGCCGCAUCUCAAUGCUGUCUCAUGUCACUGCGUCGCCGAACCACAUUUUGUGGCCGCACUCUCCUGCGAACAUGAACGAGGUUGGUCGCAUUGGUGCGUUUGCGAGAGAACGUGCCGCUAUACGUAUAGACAAGCGGCUCGCUGAUUAUUGUGAUCCGCUGUUGUGGCCACGUUCCGAACUGGAGUCAGAAGGCGUGAGUCCUGAUUUCACCAAAGAGUAUGUCGACAUACUUCCUGACAAUUGGAAUGUUUUGUCUCUGUCCUUGAGCGCAGAUCGGGCCGAGUUUGUUGUCUCGCGUUUGCACCGAGGCUGCUCUCCAUUCCUCCUGCGGCUUCCGCUUAGACGCGGAAACUCGGAAGAUGAGGAGGAGCAAUUUACAUUCGAGGAUGGAAGAGAUGAGAUGAAGGAACUUAUCCGCCUGGCUAAUGAGAGUGCUCACGCUGCAAAGUUGCAAGUUGACCGCCAGAUGAAGAAGGAAUGGUGGAAAAAUCGCGAAGCGCUUGACCGCAGAAUGGAGAACCUGCUGCAGAACAUCGAGAACGUUUGGUUUGGAGGAUUCAGGGGGAUCUUCUCCCCCAUCCCGCUUUGUGAAAAGUCGCUCGCACGGUUUGCGAGCGCUUUUGAGAAUAUUCUAGAAAAUCAUCUCCCCUCAAGACGAAAGGGGAGUCGGGCACAGGGGCCAAAGUUAACGCUGCAUCCUAAUGUUUUAGAAUUGUUUGUUGGAGUAAAGGGCUUGGAUGACCAAGAAGAUCCGGAGGACACGUUGAUGGACCUUCUCUACUUUGUUGUUGAUAUUCUGCAAUUUCAGGGUGAGCGCAAUGCGUACGAUGAGGUCGACUUUGAUAUGAUGGUCGUUGAGACGCUCGAUGCCGUCCGGGCAUAUCAUGAGGCGGCCAAAGACCAGGCCACGCAGCGACCGAACAAUACUGUGCUCGUUUUGGACAAGUCUUUACAUUUGUUUCCGUGGGAAUCUCUACCGUGUCUACAAGGACUGCCUGUCUGCCGAGUUCCAUCCCUGGAGUGUCUCCGUGAUCGAGUUUUGCACUUGCGCUCCGGGAAACAGAGCGCUCUCAGUAUCGAUCGACGCAACGGCACGUACAUUCUCAACCCUACGGGCGACCUAAAGACAACUCAGGAGACUUUCGAGAAAGAUCUAUCCAGUCUUAAAGGCUGGACAGGCAUGGUCAAUCGGCAGCCUACAGAAGACGAAUUCAAAGAUAGCCUUCAGUCCAAGAGUCUCUUCCUUUACUUUGGCCACGGAAGCGGCGCACAGUACAUCCGCGGCCGAACCGUCAAACGGCUCGACCGAUGCGCUGUGGCAUUUCUCAUGGGCUGCAGCAGUGGCACUCUUACCGAAGCCGGCGAAUACGAGCCCUACGGAACGCCGAUGAACUACCUGCAGGCGGGAUCUCCGGCGUUGGUGGCUACGCUAUGGGACGUUACGGACAAGGACAUUGACCGGUUCGCGAAGGCGACCUUUGAGCAUUGGGGGCUGAUAGGAAAUGGACACCGUGGGAAUGAGGGGAUUGGAGAGGCUGGAGUGGCUCUGGAUGCGGCGGUUUCGCAGUCGCGAGGGGCAUGCGUGUUGAAGUACUUGAAUGGCGCGGCGCCGGUGGUUUAUGGCGUUCCAGGAGUUUUCCUACACUAG